GAUUCAUCUUCCUAAACAUAAACGAUCUUCGCUGCAACUCUUCUGACAGCUAGCAAGCAACUCCUCUACGCUGCAAACAAAGCUGGGUGGACAGGAGAGGGAAGGGGAGAGCUUUAACCCUGGUCUCCCCAGCCGACCCUAAGUAAACCAGCCAGCCAUGGAUGACCGCUCCUCACUUGGAAAAGUCAGCAGCUCUACCGAGUCCGUGGCCACCGUCACCAGUGAGGAAUUUGUUCUGGUACAGUCCAGUGCUGCUGGGUCACCACAAGGCUCAGAGGGCAAACCAAAACUUAAGAUGUCUUUGAAUGGGAGUGAGCAGUUGGAGAAAGCUAUGGAGGAGGUGUUGGAUGAUGAUGAUGACAUGAAGGUGGAGAAGAGCAAUGUGGAAAAGAUGGAGAAGCACAGGGACCCAGAGAGCCGAGUCCUGGAGCCACAACCAGCAGGUAAAGACUCAGAAUCAUGUCCAGCACCACCUAGCCCUACAGUGCUGGAGGAGGACAGUGUCCAGUUCAACAAGUUGUCCUACCUUGGCUGCACCUGGGUCAAAGCCCCGCGCAAUGAGGCAGAAGCACAGAGGGCCAUGGCCACCUUGCGUGCUGAAAGUGCCAUCCCCAUCCCCAUCACCCUGCAUGUGCCCUGUGGAUCAGACGGCUCUGUCAGGAUUGUGGACCAGGCCUCGGGUACAGAGAUUGCCUCAUUUCCCAUCUACAAGGUGUUGUUCUGUGCCCGCGGACGAGAGGGUUCUGUGGAAAGUGACUGUUUCUCCUUCACCGAGAGUUACCGAAGCUCUGAGGACUUCCAGAUUCACGUCUUCUCCUGCCACAUCAAAGAGGCUGUCAGUCGUAUCCUGUACAGUUUCUCCACAGCCUUUCGGCGUUCUUCACGGCCAGCAGACAUCAGGGACUCAGCGAUGUCCAGUCCGCCUGACGGCGACCUCUACACCUUCACUGUCUCGCUGGAGAUCAAGGAGGAUGAUGGCAAGGGGAACUACAGUCCAGUGCCUAAGGACAGAGAUAAAUUCUACUUUAAGCUGCGACAGGGCAUUCAGAAGAAGGUCGUAGUUUCAGUUCAGCAAAUGUGCAACAAGGAGCUGGGCAUCGAGAGGUGUUUUGGGAUGCUGCUGAGUCCAGGACAGAGAGUGUGCAACAGUGACAUGCAUCUACUAGACAUGGAGUCAAUGGGGAAGAGCUCUGAUGGGAAGGCAUAUGUCAUCACAGGAACAUGGAACCCCAACAUGGCGGCCUUCCAGCCGCUGAAUGAAGACACGCCUAAAGAUAAGCAGGUCUACAUGACAGUGGCAGUGGACCUGGUAGUAACUGAGGUAGUGGAGCCAGUUCGCUUCCUCCUGGAAACUCUGGUCAGGGUAUAUCCAUCAAAUGAACGCUUCUGGUACUUUAGCCGCAAGACCUUCAGUGAGACCUUCUACCUCAAACUCAGACAGGACUCAGUGCAGGAAGGUGUCAUCACCCGGGACAUCCACCGCACCUUUCCGGCACACGACUACUUCAAGGACUCUGAUGGAGAUGGACAGGAUUCCCUUUACAAGAUCUGCAAGGCCUACUCUGUCUAUGAUGAGGAAAUCGGUUAUUGCCAGGGUCAGUCAUUCCUCGCUGCUGUUCUCCUGCUGCACGUGUUAAAAGACAGAUGGAGGGGAGACAGAGGAGUAGACACAUGGAGGCGGGAGUCCCAAGUGGAGGAGGAAGUUUGGUUGAAGUCCAAAUUACAAGGACAUCAGAGGUUAAAGAGGGGGAAGAUGGAGGGAGAGCAGAGAGGCGAAGAGAGGUCAGGAAGAGGUGGGGAGAGGAGCAAUGGUAGGAGAGUCAUGAAGGAGAGCAAGUUUGGUAAAGACCCAUCAUGA